UGUUAUUUUUUAUACUUUCAUAAUAAAAUAUUAUUUUUUUGAAAAAUUUGAGGCGUCUAGCACGACAAGAAUGAAGCAAAUAGUAACUAAUCAAACGGUAAAAAUCCCAGAGGGAUUGACUGUUACAGUUAAAUCCCGUCUGGUAACGGUAAAAGGACCAAGAGGUGUAUUGAAACGAUCUUUUAAACAUCUUGCACUUGAUAUUCGUAUGGUCAGCCCGAGAUUACUGAAGGUAGAGAAAUGGUUCGGUACGAAGAAAGAAUUAGCUGCUGUUCGUACUGUAUGCUCGCAUAUUGAAAAUAUGCUUAAAGGUGUAACAAAGGGAUAUCAAUAUAAAAUGCGAGCUGUGUAUGCUCAUUUCCCUAUUAACUGUGUGACUACAGAGAAUAACACAGUCAUAGAAAUUCGUAAUUUCUUGGGCGAGAAGUAUAUACGUCGUGUCAAAAUGGCAGCAGGUGUCACUGUUGCAAAUUCUGGCAAACAAAAAGAUGAAUUGAUUAUAGAAGGAAAUUCCUUAGAAGAUGUAUCUCGUUCGGCUGCACUUAUUCAACAGUCCACUACAGUAAAAAAUAAGGACAUCAGAAAGUUUUUGGAUGGACUUUAUGUGUCUGAAAAAACAACAGUUGUACAAGAUGAUGAAUAA